CGCAAGUUUCAAGUCAAUCAGAGAUCAAUUGGCGAUUAGGGAGAAGAAACUCGGGCAUGACCUGAAGAAGAAUGGAUUUCUACCUCACUUUAUGGAAAAAUAAUCAUGCAAGCUUGUCAUGAAAAGAAAGAGGACGAGACUACGAGUGUCUGGGAUCAAACGGCGACUGAUUCGGAGUCCGGACGAGGGAGAAACGAAGCAUUGAAUAUAGGGGAACAGGUUCGGCAGUAAAAACACGGGCGCGCCUAAAUCAAAACACGGCCGUGUCCAUAUUUAGGCACGACCGUGUUUUUGCCGACGAGGGCUGCUGGGGGCAAAACACGGGCGGUCAAAAGCAAAACAUGGCCGUGUCCUCGACCGUGUUUUGCCCAGAAUUGGGUUUUUUAGGCAGAUUGAAGCCAAAGGAAAGGGGGAGCUGGGUUUUGGAUCCCAAACACCCAAGGGACGAACCAAAGAGAGAGGGCGAUUUGAGGGCAUUCUUGGAGUGGAAUUGGAGGAUUUAUUCUCCUUGGAAGCUCGAGGAACAAGCCCAGACUUGAAGACUGAUAAUCUGAAGAUUCUUACUGCAGUCUCUCUCUUCUCUAUGGAGUAACUUCCCUUCACUUAGGUUUUGAGGAACCCUAGCUAUGUUUGUUUGAUUGGAUGAUUGUAUGAGUACUCUGACUUGAUAAUCUUGAGUUCAUAUUCAAUCUAUGCAUGUUUUCAUGAUUCAAUUCUGCUAUAGUCGAGAUUAUUGAUUCUGCUUUGAUCCUAUGAGAGCAAAUACCUGAUUAGGUCAAUAGAGCACCAUAGAUUGAUAGUAGUGAAUCAAUUGCUUUAGUCGAUGGUUGAUUCACUGCUUUGUAUCGAUUGAGAACCUCGUUCGAUAGAGGGGAUCUAGUUCAGAACGCCUUGAUCAGUUGUUCUAGAGAAGGAUACGUCCCUCUAGGCAAUUGACUCAAGAGGGCCUUGUUCCUUUAGUCGAGACUCAAGGUCUAGUCAAGGAUUCUCCGCAUUGUGAAUGAAAGUGAAACAGGUUAGAAAUCAUCAAUCGUUAGUCUGGCUAGUGGCUAGGGGGGAAUCAUACCUAAGUGAGUUCCCAACCUGUAAUUAGAUUAACUUUAACUGUAGUUUGCUAGAGUAGUUUUAGUUCUUUCAUCUUAAUCUGGUUUGCUAAAUAAUAAACAGAAGCUAAGUAAUAGUAACUCUAGAGACCCGUGGAUUCGAUUUUUUUAUCACUUGAGCCACUAUACUGCAGUCCCUUUCAUUGGUUACACUUGGCCUUUGUUAGGAGUUUUGUCAUAGCGAGUCACACUCCUUCUAUGGAUGGUUCUCAUUAUUUUUUAACUGUUUUGGAUGAUUACAGUCGAGCUACUUGGGUCUACAUGCUCAAGUUUAAAUCAUAUGUCGAGCGCCAUCUACUUCAGUUUUGUCAGAUGGUUCGGACUCAAUUUAAUCGUUCAGUUCGCAGAUUACAGGCAGAUAAUGGUUUGGAGUUUCAAACCGGGAUUCUGAGGGAUUAUUUUGACGCUAAUGGGAUCAUAUUGCAGACUUCGUGUGUACACACUCCCCAGCAGAACGGGGUUGUCGAACGCAAGCACCGCCAUUUGCUUGAAAUGGCCCGUGCUCUUCGUUUUCACUCUGGUUUACCAAUACGGUUUUGGGGGGAGUGUGUUGUGACAGCUAGUUAUUUGAUUAAUCGCCUUCCGUCUCGGCUUCUCCAGGAUAAAAACACCUUAUGAACGCCUACUUGGCCGUCCACCUUCUUAUGUUCAUCUGCGCAGUUUUGGCUGUUUGGUUUAUGCCAAAGAUACCCGAGCUGGUCUCGACAAGUUUGUCGAGAGGGGGAGACCUUGUGUGUUUGUCGGUUAUCCGACUACUCAAAAGGGUUAUCGUGUUUACGAUCUUCAGUCAAGGAGAAUUUACUCUUCCCGGGACGUACAUUUUGUCGAGACAGUUUUCCCGUUUAGAGAGAAAACAUCACCGCAAGUAUCCUCGAUGAAAGAUUCUAUUUCAAGAGAUUUACUACCAACAUUUAAGGACGAUGAGGAACUAGUGGAGAAGAGGCCAAUUCAGGCGGAUCAUGAUGAAGAUGAUGAAGUGGAUUUUGUUGCAAGUGAUAUGGGCGAAGAGGAACCUGAGUUGCAUGGCGUGCAUGGGGAAGUAUUAUUCCCUCACGAUGGUGAUGAUAGUGGAGGACAAGAGCCCACUCUUGAUGAGACGCAAGCUGGUGGUGUCACCACCGCCAAUGCUCAACUCGAAGUUCAGGUUUUGCGGCGCAGUGAUAGAAUCAGACGACCGCCACCUGGCUUGAUGGAAGCUUAUGAUGUGGAGUUACAUGGCCAGCCACGUGACGAGACGAUAACGACAUAUCCUAUGUCGAACCACGUCAACUAUGAUCAAUUCUCACCUUCGCAUCGGGCUUACUUCGCUGCAAUCACCAAAGAGACAGAACCAAAGAGUUUUGCUGAGGCCGUUAAACAUGCUUGUUGGCGUGAAGCUAUGCAAAAAGAGAUAGCGGCCUUAGUGGCCAACGGAACAUGGACUUUGGAAUCCUUGACAUCUGGUCUGAAAGCAAUCGGUGCAAAGUGGGUUUACAAAAUUAAAUACAGGGCAGACGGCUCAGUUGAGAGGUACAAAGCACGUUUAGUGGCAAAAGGGUUUACACAAUUGGAAGGAGUCGAUUUUCAUGACACGUAUGCACCAGUAGCCAAAAUAGUUACUGUUCGGGUGUUGCUGUCAGUAGCAGUAAAACGUGGAUGGGAUCUUCACCAGUUGGAUGUAAACAACGCCUUUCUCUAUGGCGAUUUAGAAGAGGAGGUAUACAUGCAGAUACCACAGGGGUUCGGUUCUCCGGGAGAUAACCGUGUCUGCAGAUUAAGGAAGUCAAUCUAUGGUUUGAAACAAGCUUCACGGAACUGGUACCACAAGUUCACGGCUUCACUUUCGGAACUAGGCUUCAAACCUUCCCGGGCCGAUCAUUCCUUGUUGAUAUAUCGCCGCGGAGAUGCCUUUAUGGAAGCACUUAUAUACGUAGAUGAUGUUAUCCUCACAGGAAAUGAUACGGUUUUUAUAAACCAUGUUAAGAAGUUCCUCGAUGAGCGUUUCAGUAUCAAAGAUUUGGGUUCACUAAAAUAUUUCUUAGGGAUUGAAGUAGCUAGGCUGGCAGACGGGUUAGUUCUCAACCAGAGGAAGUAUACUCUUGACAUUCUUAGUGAUGCAGGGGUGACUGGAGCGCGACCUAGCGGGUUCCCUAUGGAGCAGAACCAUAACCUUACUCGUCCAAGUGAUGACAUAUUGGCGGACGUCAAAGGAUAUAGACGUUUGGUUGGUCGUCUACUAUACCUCACGGUAAAUCGACCUGAUAUUUCUUACGCUGUUAACAUUUUGUCACAGUUUGUUCAUCGUCCAGGACCAGACCAUGUAGCAGCAGCAGUUCGAGUACUACGGUAUUUGAAGAACUCACCGGGACAAGGAUUAUUUUUCCUGGAAAAAGGAGAUUUGGAGCUGACCGUGUAUUGUGACACGGAUUGGGCAGGUUGCCAGGCGACCAGACGAUCAACUACUGGGUACUACAUCCAGCUAGGAGGACCACCGGUGUCUUGGAGUACAAAGAAGCAAAAGAUGGUUUCCAGAUCCUCGGCUGAGGCAGAAUAUAGAGCAAUGGCGAGCACCGUUAGUGAUGUAUUGUGGCUGUGAUUUCUACUGGAAGAAUUGGGUGUGCGUCAACAGAAGCCUACAACUCUUUAUUGUGACAAUCAAGCGGCAUUGCAUAUAGCGGCUACUCCUGUUUUCCAUGAACGGACGAAGCAUGUUGAGAUGGAUUGCUAUUUCGUUCGCGAACGAGUUAUGUCCCAGGAGAUCAGAACGUUGAAGAUUGGGACAACAUCACAGCUUGCCGACAUCUUCACGAAAGCUUUGUGAACAGAACAGUUUCACACGUUGUUAUCCAAGCUGGGCGUUCGAGACCUUCACGCUCCAGCUUGAGGGGGAGUGUUGAAACGUGUUUGGACUUACAUGUACUUUAUUUAGAGUUGGAGGACUAAUAGUGAUUUAGUAGCAGUAACCCUAGCUUCGUGAGACAUAUAUAUAGCCUCUUAUAGGCUGCAGCAUUGUAUGAUGUAACCGAGCAACCUUGUGCUCGUCAUAGUAAACAAUCCUGAGAACUCACGUUCUCCGUGGAGUAGUCUCGUUCACAUUGAACGGGGAAACCACGUAUAUCUGGUGUCUCGUCUUACUUCGAUUUCUAUUCUGUUUUACAAUUAUGCAUCAAGGGCAAGAUUUAAUCUCUUAUGAUAGAAAUUUCUAGCACCAUAGUCGUGCAUUUUUUGGUUGGUCAUUUUGCAGGUGCUCAUUUGAUAUGAAAAUAAUUGAAGGAAGAGUCGAUAUAUCAGGUGAUAGUUCAAUUUUAUUCGCUUUUAUAAAUUUAUGAGAGUAAUUAAGAAUGCUCUAUCGAAUAUUGCUAAUGCCGUUUUCUUUUAUUUGUUGUGGUUUUUUGUGGCAACUCGAUACUGGUCAUCCGGCAUACUCCGUCGAAAGAAACUACACUCACUGGCGGGACUAUCUUGGAGAUGUUGUAUUUUUAUUUUUCCUUUUUUUCCGUCAGUGUCGUGUCUUUGCUCCUCGGAGCUUCUUCAGAGCUGCCCAUGUAUUGGCUUAUCAGGAUCUUUCAUCGUUGCUGGUUGCAUACAGACUAACGCACAGUGUUUGAGUCGGACUGUAAUUGUGUCGAGUCUUUGUCCCAUACCUUUUGAGCUUGCCUUGAAAAAAAAAAACAAUUAUCCAAGUAACUAACGAAUCAAUAAAUUGAACUACAUACGACCAAAGAAUCACACGGAAUUGCGAAUAGUCAAAAAGUAACGUGAAACCAUAAUUGAGAAAAGAACAAAUUUAUAGUAUUGACCACUUCAUCGGCCUUUUAAUAAGCCACUUCCCUCUCCUCACAUUAUAACCAAUAGUCCAACAAUUACAUUACAGUUUCCCAUUCUGUGGGCAUAAUUGUAGACCUAACAAGUCUCCUUGAAUAUAACUCCACCAUACAAUAACAUACAAACUUUUAAAACGAAAUGCAAACUCGAAUCUCGUUGAGAAAUAAAAAGGCCAUCAUAAACCACAAAAUUUUUGAUAAUAAUUGAGAACGAAAAGGAUCCAAAAAAAGUUCAUAGAAUUAUGAACAAGGAAGAGGAUCAAAGGCCAUGGGCUGAUAUAUGUCCAGAUCUCUUGGAUUCCAUCUACAACAGACUCUCGUCGCAUGUCGACGGUACUCACUUCGGCGACGUAUGCAAGAAUUGGCACAAAGUCCACUCUCAUAUCGUCCUUUUCAAUCGCUGACCUGUGUUGAUCAAGAAAAGAAAUUUGUACAGCUCGGACGUCAUGCAAGUGUGGGAGGGUAAUCGACUUGUCCUCCAACGAUGUCGUGAAUCUCAAAUCCCAUAUUGGCUUGCAGAUGUAGACAUAAGGAUCCUUGGGACGGCGGGUGUGUGGUUGCUUAUAAAAGUGCGUGAUGCUU